UGAUUAUUUCAUUUAUUAUGUUUCUAACUGUGCUGCUUGGGUUAUUUUAUGAAGGUCAUACUUUGAGAUAUUAAGUCCAUAAACAUUUAACCAUAGUAGAUCCUAUCCAUGAUAUUCAUCAAGUAGAAUACAGAGUUCUGAUGGAAUUUGGAUCUCUGAAAUAACCGAUGGAGUUAAUCAUAGAUACAGGAUCUUCGGAUCUAUGGGUGCCUUCGAUAGAUGGGAAAGGAUUUCUUAACAAUAGUAUAAUAAGAAAAUCUUAUAUUAGUCAAGAGAUUCGAUUGUAAAGAAUCAUCUACUUGUAUUAAUACUAAUUCCCGUUAUUAAAUUUUCUAUGAUGAUGGUCCUAUAUCAGGUACAUUAGCUUGGGAUUAAGUGUGGAUGCAUAAUAUCAAAUUUAAUUAGUCCUUUUUAUUGAUAGAAAGAGCAAGUGGUAACAUGGCUUCAAGUGGAGGUAUACUAGGACUUGGGUUCAAUUCAAAUGCUGCAAAUUAAAAUCCAUCUAUUUUGGAAUCACUUUAUGAAUAAAAACUUAUAUCCAAGAAAUACUUCUCAUUGUAUUUAAAGGAUGAAGGUGAAUUUGGAAGUUAUAUUCUUUUUGGUGGAAUUGACAUGAAAUUUGUCUAAAAGGGCCAUAAGAUUUCUUAUGUUCCUUUAAUUUCAGAUUAUUAAUACCUUAUAGGAAUAGAAGGUAUGUCAAUUGAUGAUGAAUUAUUUACAAUCGCAACUGCUCUUGUUGAUAGUGGAACUAGUUGUCUUACUGUUCCAGCAGUAGCAAUGGAUGAUAUGUUAUAAGUAUUUGCAGCAAAAGGAGUCUAAUGUUCAUAUAGAGUUGAAAAUUAUGCACCCUCUUAUUGUACUGUACAUUGUUUUGUCAAUGCUACACAUGAAUAAGGAAUCAUUGAUGCUUUCCCAAUUAUUAAAAUUAAUGUCAACAGUUCCUUUGAAUUAUUACUCAAUCCAUAAGAUUAUAUUUAUUGUAUUCUAUUUUCUCUAUAUUCAUAUAGCAUGUACAAUUUUAGAUGGGAGCUAAUCUAAAUGUAAUACUAAAUUAGAAAGGUCAUAAAUUGAUGAUUUCUUAUUAUUAGGUGAUGCUUUCUUACAUAGCUAUUAUACUGUUUUCGAUCAAGCUGACAAGAAGAUUGGAUUUGCACAUUCAAUUAAUAACAAAGGUCUAAAAUUACAUGUGAAAACCAGACAUUUAAAUAGUUAUGCUUCCAUCCUUAUCUUAUAUGUUGGAUUAUUAUUCAUUUUUUGA